GGAUGGUCCAUCCCCAUCGCGCGUCCGUCUCCGUCUCCGUCUCGCUCACUCAUCAGUCAUCACACACGCACCGGGAGCGGGAGGCCAUCAUCAAUGCCCAGCGCGCAUUCAAUGCACAUCUUGUCCUCAUGCCUUCGCUUUCCAACACCUCAAUUAAUGGCGCCCAUACGUGCCUCCAAACCCCCCCCUGUUUCCCUUCCCCUCUCCCCCCCUCCCAUUUAUCCAUCUCCUCCUCCCUCCCAGCAUCCAUUGCUCCAUUUCUUCCUCCUGUCCAACCAAGCACCUCGAUCGUCUCGCCGCUGCCUUCCCUCUUGUGCUGCCGUGGCGCGCCAGAUGGUCGCUGAGGCGGUCGGCUUCAUGAUGUCCCGGGCGGCCGACGGCGGGGCGAUGGCGCCGGAGCUCGUCACCCGCGACUUCCUCGGCGGCUGCCAGGCCUCCGCCCCCGCCCCCGCCGACGACCCCCGCCACGACGCCGCCGCCAUGCCCGGCAAGCCGCCGUUGCAGAAGCACCUCAGCCCGCCGCCGUCGGCCAGGGGGGACCUCAACCUCUUCCCCGUCUCCGGCGCCGCCAUCGCGCCGGCGCUGGCCGCGGAGUCGGCCGCCGCCGCCACGACAACCACGUACCACAGCGUGUGCACGAUCGAGAAGGUGAAGACGGCGCUGGAGCGGUUCGAGCGCGGGAAGCAGGGGCAGCAGCACCACCACCACCACCACCAGCAGCACAGCGGCGCGGGCGCGGGAGCCUCCCCGUCCUCCUCCUCCGUGACAACCUCCUCCGUGAAGCGCCGCGGCGACGUGGAGCAGGGCGACGGCUGCGACUCCCCGUCCGCCAGCGCCACCGGCGGCAUGGUGGCCGCCGCCUGCCCGCGCUGCUUCCUCUACGUGCUCAUCGCCCGCAGCGACCCCCGCUGCCCGCGCUGCGAGUCGCACGUGCCGCCGCCCCCGGCCCCGGCGCCCAAGAAGAAGCCCAGGAUCGACCUCAACGUCGGCUUCCUCGGCACCUAGCCGGCGUAGCCAAGCCAAGCCAAGAAGUAGGUCAAGAUGGCUGUCGUCCGUCGUCGUCCUCGGCGCGUUAGGUGGGCUGUAGGCCUCCGGUGCCCGGACUCGCCGCGACGGGCGCCAUUGUUUUUCUGAUGCCACCGAUAGAUUCCGGUACAUAUGGAGGUGUGGAGGUGCUCCGAUUCUGAUUUUUGCUUGUCCAUUUCCAAGUAUGUCCGUCUCAGAUCCUGUCAUGUCAGAUCAAUCAAACACUCGAUAGAACAUGAAUGAACCCCACUGUUCCUACUGCUA